UCAACUUCUCCUCCUCCUCCUCCUUCUUGGUUGAGUCCAAGAUGGGGACUCGACUGCUCUUUGGCUUGUUGGCAGUGAUACUGGCGACGAGCCUCGUUUGCUCGAAUGCAGAAUUGAAGGUUGAGAGAUCUGUUUUUGCUUCCGGUAAAAGCGAAUGUAUCGAUUGUGCAGAGAAGAAUGUGAAGAAUGAACUUGCAUAUCGAGGGCUUCAAGUAGCAAUCAAGUGCAAGACCCACAACGGAGACUACAAGAUCAAAACCUCCGGUAAACUCGACAAAAACGGCGACUACAAAGUCCAACUCCCCACCGAACUCAUCGGAGAAAACGGAGAUCUAAAGCAAGAAUGCUUUGCACAGCUGCACAGUGUUUCUAAUGCUCCUUGCCCUGAUAAAAAUGGACUCAAUCCUUACAAACUCAUUUUAAAAUCGAAGGAAGACGGUGUUCAUACUUUCUCCACUGAUGCCAAGCUUCCAUUCUCAUCAGCAACCUGUCAAUCUGCCUUCUUUUGGCCACCCCACAAGUUCCCUCUUUUUCACAAACCGUUGCCUAAGUUCCCUUUACCUCCAUUUAAAUUUCCUCCUAUGCCAUACCAUUUCCCUCCAAUUCACAAGAAACCACUUCCCCCCUCAAUUCCUAUUUACAAGCCCCCAGUUCCCCAUCGAAGAGAGACGCCUGCCGCACGCCGACAUGAACCACUCCCUUCGGAUCCACAAGUUCCGAGUCCGAAAACCACUACCUCGCUCACCACAGUGUCGGAUGCGAAAAGACCACGUUCUCCCACCGGUUCCUAUGUGUAA